AUGAAGACGACCAAGAUGACAAUCAAUCCAAGGCUGUUGACUUCGCUCCAGACUCCCAAAUUCACGAUAACUUGGACUGUCCUGAAGGAGCUGAAGGAGCUGUGUCGACUUCCCCAAGAACUCAAAACGCAACUCAAUUAUCACAUUUGGGAGAUCAGGAUGUUGACUCUAACCGCCAAGAUCAUACAGGGCAUUCAACAACCAACAUCCAUACCAACCAGACAAGCAAAAGGCACAGCGUUUCUCAAGAUGCACCUUGGAUUCCAGGGUCCCUACCAACAAAAUAAGCUGGUUGAACUCUACAAAGCGUGGCAAACUUCUCAGAGCAAUCUACCUGCUCAGGAAGAUGUACCCAACCCUCAAGAAUCCACCGAUAAUCAAAAAAUACAAUCAGAAAAUUACAACAAUUGCGAUAAGAAUCAACUUGAGAAAUUGCUGGCUCCUUUCCCGGUGUCAACGUCUGGCUUGUCAAAAAAAAAAACUGGUGUUGCUGUGCAAAGCAUAUGCCAAAAUGGGCCAGCCAAUGAAACUUUGCCGCUCAAAUAA